UUCCUUUUAAACACCAGUUCCACCUUCUCCUCCAUCAGAACCCCUUGGAGUCUGCUUAACUUGCAAGCCAUCGGCUGUGAGGAUCCAACUCUUCCCGAUACAGCAACUAUCCCAGCUUCGUGUGUAGAGAGAGAUAUGGUCGUUCAGAGCGAGUCCUCCGCUAGCAGCAAAGAAGAAGAAGCUAGAAGCUGAGGAGCUGACUUUCUUCUACUCCUCGCCCACUGCGUCGCCAUCAUCAAUUCAUCAUGUCAGGCGGGCCGUAUCCCGUGGAUAGAUUCGGUGAAACCCUCAAUUGAGAUAUCCAUCAAAUUGGCAUCGCCUUCUUGUUGAUCAUCCGACGCACAGCUUUUUCCAAUCGCAACAGUGAAUGCAUCUUGCUUUCUCCCGGCGCGGAUCAAAGUUUGACCUUGUG